AUGUUUAGACGUGGACCCCAAACUUCUUCUGGAGGUCGUUCACAGAGUUUUUCCAGGGGAUCUCAUGACCAGCCACAUAAGACGCUUUCACGGAUUUGUGCUCACUGCGGACGCCGCCACCAUGGAACAUGUAGAGACGGUACUAGGACUUGUUAUCAGUGUGGUGAAAUGGGCCACUUCAUACGUGAUUGUCCCCAGAUUACUGCUAGUGGUGCUGGCAGACUAUCUGCUACUGUUGGGGGUUCAGUAGCAUCUUCGGGGCAGAGUAGGCCUGCUGGGGCAUCUUCAAGCUUGGGCCAGCCGAGAGUAGGACAACAGAGUGGUAGACAGUCUGGUGGAGGUUCUCAGUGA